UCAACAAAAUAUUGAAAGCAAUAAUUGCUUAUAGGUUAGUUCUACAAUUUUCUAAAUCCAACCACUUUCUCCUUUGCCAAUACCAAAAUUUUCUAAUCUUCCUCUCACCAACAUGAGUCAAUCUCCAACAUCUCUCAAAGUUCAUCAUGUUCUUGCUAUAGCACCAACAAAUGAAACCUCACCAACCACUUUUCCAUUCACUUUCUUUGAUGCACUUUGGGUAAGACUUCCACCGGUUGAACGUCUCUUCUUCUAUGAAAUUCCUAAUUUAUCAACUACUUUCUUUGAUUCAAUUCUUCCAAAUCUCAAACACUCUCUUGAACUCACACUCCAACACUUUAUCUUUCUUGUUGGUAACAUCAUUUGGCCACAAGAUUCACCACACCCUAUUAUUAAUUAUGUCCCUAGUGAUUCUAUCUCUUUCAUUGUAGCCGAAUCCAAUGAAAAUUUCAAUCAUUUAUGUUCUAACUUUUGUGAAGUUGAAAAAAAACAACCCUUUAUCCCAAGUUUGAAAAUUUCUCAUGAAAAAGCAUCAAUUAUUGCAUUACAAGUCACUUUUUUUCCAAACCAUGGAUUUUGUAUUGGUAUAACCACACACCAUGCAGCUAUUGAUGGAAAAUCUUCAACUUUGUUUAUGAAAGCAUGGUCUUAUUUUUGUUCCAACCUUGAAAAAAAAACACCCUCUUUGUCUUUACCUCAAAACCUAACACCUUCUUUUGAUAGAUCCAUUAUAAAUGACCCUUUAGGGAUAAAAGAAAUUUAUUCAAAAAGUUGGAUGAGUUAUGGUGGAGAAACAAAUAAUAGAAGCUUGAAGGUUUGGGAAACAAUUAGUGGAGCAAAAGGUGAAGUAGUCAAAGGUUUUUUUGAAUUGUCACCUUUGCAUAUUCAAAAGCUUAAAAAAUAUGCACAAUCCAAGCUUGAAAAUAAGGUAAAGUUAUCAAGUUUUUCGGUUACUUGUGCUUAUUUGUUGUCAUGUGCGGUUAAAGUUGAGAAACCAAAUACCAAUAAGGUAGGUUUUGUUUUUAGUGUGGAUUGUAGAACUCGUUUGGAUCCACCAAUUAAUACAAAUUACUUUGGUAAUUGUAUUGUGUCAAAAUUGGUUGUGUCUAAAACCGAAACAUUGUUGAAUGAUGAUGGAUUUAUUAGUGCUCUUGAAGGAAUAAUUGAUGUUUUGAAAGGUUUGGAAAGUGGAGUGUUAAAUGGUGUUGAGAGUUGGAUGUCAAACAUACAAUCUAUAUUAAGUGAAACUAAUGGUAAGUUGUUUUCAAUUGCGGGGUCCCCUAGAUUUGAAGUUUAUGCUUUUGAUUUUGGAUGGGGUAGACCUAAAAUAGUUGAUGUUACUUCUAUUGACAAAACGGGUGCUUUUUCUCUUUCGGAGCAUAAAAAUAAUGAUGGAGGAAUUGAGAUUGGAUUGGCUUUGAACAAAGAGCAAAUGAAGAAUUUCACUCAACUUUUUGUUGAAGGACUUGAAUCCUUGUAAUUGGAUUGCCUAUAAUAAUGUAAUCACACGAUUGUAGAUCUUGUAAUAGAAUUUAAGAAAUUGAUUGUUUAUUAUAACACAAUCAUGUAGUUGUAGAUCUCAAUCGUUUGAUUAAGAUUAGGUGAUUUAUUUUUUGAUUUCAUGUUUUGGAUUGUUUUUUAAAUUAUGUUGGAAUUUAUAUUGUCGGAAUAUUAGAUAGAUGUUGCAUUGAGUUCAUGUAUGACUAUUCCAUAUAAAAAAAAUUAUCAUGAAUGAUAUGAGAUAAGAGAAGAAGAAAAAUAUUCACUUUUUGUUUCUGAUGAAAAAA